CAUAGGGAGAAGUACAGUACAGUCCGACCAGACUUAGGAGACUACAGACAGUCUGAGAAGUAGGAUAGCGGAUGGAAGAUGACCUCUAAGGCCGGACCCUUCCGACGUAUCCCUCUGAGAGAGGUUAUCCGGAUAGCAGCUUGGAUACCAGUGGGAAUCUUUUUCACUCGUAAUGUAUAUUCAUUGGCUCACAUCACCGGUGUGUCUAUGCAGCCAACAUUCAACCCCAAUCUCUCAACUUCUCCCCUACACCACGACGUAGUUCUUCUAGAACGCUGGAGUAUCAGAAUGCAUCAAUAUCGUCGUGGAGACGUGGUGACUCUUUGGUCCCCUCAAAACCCGGAUGUAUUAACUACCAAAAGAGUGGUCGCUUUCGAGGGUGAUCUUGUGACACCUCUCCCUCCCUCCGCACCUACUCCUAUUCGUAUACCCCCCGGACAUGCUUGGGUAGAAGGAGAUUCGCAUUAUGAUUCAUUAGAUUCAAACACUUAUGGACCGAUCCCCUUAGGCCUUAUAAAUUCCCGGGUGACUUAUAUACUCUGGCCUUUCACCCGAUUCAGCCCGGUGGUCAAUGGUUUAGGCAAAGCCAAGGGUCGUGUAAGGAAAUUUACAGGGGAAGUCUUUUAGUCUGUACCAUUAGAACAUCUAGCAUUGAUCAUUUGCAUCUACAACUUUUCCUCUGG